CGUUGGGGUAUUGUUGCGUCCUUACUUACUUCCAGUGAUUGGUGCGUUCCCUCUCCGCUAUUGACACGCCGAUCGAGGCAGCAAGAUGAAGGAGAAAUACAAGUACACGGAAAAACAACAACAACCUACUAUUUCCAAAAGCAACACCCACGCAAGUAGCAAGAAAGAGGCCGCCAACAUGAGAUCUUCCAAAAACAAGAAGAACUACGGCACUGACGAUGACAAGAACUAUGAAGUAGGAAUCGUAGAGAUUGCGUCCAACUUGUCAGACUUGUCGGGGUCCACUGGUGAUGUAGACUCCAAUCCAGAUGUCAAGCAAAUGUCCACACGAAACGCCGAUGCCAAAGAAUUUGAAAUCUUGAUUCAAGCCAAGCAUGCGGAAGCUUGCAAGGCGAUGGGGAACGGUCUCUAUUCGUCGUCAUUGGAAAUCUUUGAGUCGAUUCUAUCCGACAUUCUCGCCCGCUUUGGCGGAAAACACAAGCGAGUAGGAGCCGCACUGCACAAUGUCGCCAUUGCCAAUCUGAGAUCUGGCAAUCUGGAUGAUGCCAUGGAUGCUAUUGAAGAAGCCAUCAAGAUUAGGUCUCGUGCAUUGGGUCGAAAACACUCCAAGGUGACAGACUCCUUGGUAGAGUAUGGUAUCAUUCUGCUUUCCAUGGAAGAAUACGAUGAUGCUCUCAAAGUCUUUGAGGGAGCUCUGUCCAUGCGCAAAAACGAAAAGUUGGUCAGUCGAGGGGAUGCCAACGAACGAAAGCUGCGCAUUGCCAAAAUCUGGAACAACAUUGGUUGUGUGCACUUUGAAAAGGGCGACUACACCAAGGCACGAGAAGCCUUUGAUGAGGCCAUCAACAUCUUUUGCAAGGUGUACGGUCUCUGGACCAAGUUCUUUUACAAACUCAAUGUCACCGACACUGGAUACCUGGCAAUGGCAUCCACACUGUGUAAUAAAGCGUACGUGGAAAUGCAGUGGGAACACUGGAGCCAUGCCAUCAAAUAUCUACAUCAGUCUCUAGAAAUCCAAAAGGAACUGCUUGGAUCCGAGAACAAGCUUGUUAAGAGCUCUUUGGACAAUCUAGGAUAUGCGUAUGUGAUGAGUGAUGACUACGAAAAAGCACUCAAGAUCUACGGAGAAUUCUGGGACGAGCAGCAAGACUCGACCCGAGCAACGGCUGAAGAACGAGUGGAAACUCUCAAAAAGAUUGUCUACUGUGAGCUGAAUGUUCUCAAACACGAGAAAGCAUUGGAGCAUUUGGGCAUCAUGGAAGAUCUCCAGCAAGACCAACAAAACUCCAAUGACAUCACUGAGGAACUGUUGGAAGAAACCCAGAGGCUGAUGGGAGAAGUCAACUACCAAAUUUUCAAGCAUCCUUCCUUGGCCGACACUGCCAACCGUACGUUUGGAUGCCCCAUCUGUCCCGUAAGUGACGACGAAGAUAUCCACCGAGAGAUAUGGAGACCGGUCAAACCGGAUGUCACAAGCAAGAUGUCAGGUCACAGAAUUGCACACGCGUAGAAUAUCGCUGGCAGGCAAGCAAACAAACGAAAAAGGCAAAAAGGCGGGUUUGUUUUUUAGUUAGUAGCAAGCGAUAUUGGACGCUGUACCAAAAGUUUGGGGCUCGCUCGGAUAGAGGACGAAUUUGAUUUUCGACGAAUGAACGAACGAGAUAGACGCGCCCCCAUUUCUCUCUCUCUCCGUGUUGCGCUCUGAUGUUUCUAAAUAAUACCGUAUGUAAUAUGACAAGUUUGCAUAUUGAUGUGCUCACUGCUGAUGGUGCAGCACCUGACCUCACCCUUUCAACUAACUGAACUCGCAGAUAAACAAGACGGAAACAUCAGCAGCAAGCUUGGCUUGAUCGGGCGACUCAAUCACCGUGUCUAUAGAACCAUCACAGCUCAAGCUCAACGUAAUAUAUAUGAAUUCAUAAAAAGUGUUUCUAUGCUAUGAAUAGAAAGUGCCCCAGGGCACAAAAAGCCACACCUUUGGUCCUUCUCGUACCGGUAGCCUAGCUACUAGUAGUGGCAAUGCAUCGCCACACACCAAACGAGGCAUUGUGGCUACAAUACCUAUUACUCCAUCUACUUCUCAGGAUGUCUAUGCAGGCUGCCCGUUCAGAUUUUUCUCUGUCAAUAUCACAGCCCCACUAGGAGAGGUGCGGAUUGGCUAUCUUGUGCGAAAUGUGAGGAGAACUACCCAAUAGCUGGCCUCUCUCGCAGGUUGUAGCUAUCCACGCACUGCGGUACGGUACAUGUGGAUCAUUCCCUCUGUGUAGUCAAUACUACCGUAUGCACUCAGAAGUUGGAUUCUGGGGCUCCUUUUUGCAUUUUUGAAGAGUCGAUCCUUCUUUCUCGUCACCAUCAAUUUCGUAGAAUGAUCAAUCCCUCUUUGUGCGGCGAUGGGUCGUGCCGGGCAGAAAACGGUUCUGUAGUAACAAGACGCUCUUUAACGAAGCGGUUGUUGCUGCGUUGUAGCUGCUUCCCGAUUCCUUCGAAAAUGCCUUGCAGUCAGAAUUCCGGCCCAACAAACGCAACAAAGGAGGAUCGACACUACGAUAAUCCAAAAGAUCGCACCGUCCAAAAAGCCGAACAUCCUGAUACAAAUAUCGAUCAAUGCGCUACGUACUCUCUUGUUGAUCUCUUCUGGGAAGAUUUCGGAGAUGCUUGGCGACAAAUAAAC